AUGGACCGAGCGGGAUUUGCUGUUUUAAUGGUUCUGACUAUUGCACUGCUGCGACUUGGUGAUAGUCACAAGGACGCAACAGGUGGGAGAAAAGAGGGUGCGGGCGCAGGACGGUCGGUCUGGGACCAGCAGCAGUCCCGGGUGAGGAGUCAAGGUCGUUCGCCAAGGGGACCAGGAGACGAUGCAUCCUCCAGACCAUCUAAUGAAAGCUCUCCUGGGUCCAUCCAGUCUAGAACUGUUGUCCGCCUUCCCAGGGGCACAUCAUCCCAAGGGGAUGGCAAGCAUACAUCCAAAGCAGGACCGGCUCAUGUUGCAGGCAGCUCCCGGGAAGACCUCGCCUCUGGUGCGCUGCGCACCGCCAGACACCCGGUCAGCCAGAACUCCCCACAGCACAGAACCAGAGUGAACCGCAGGCAGAGCAUCAAGCCCAGCUCUGCCAGCACAAGGCGACUUGUUGGGCCUAACGUGUGUGGAGGUCAGCAGUGCUGCUCUGGCUGGGCUGUGGCACCAGGAACCAAUCGCUGCAUAAAACCUGACUGCCAGCCCCCCUGCCAGAACCGUGGCUCCUGCAGCCGGCCACAGACCUGUGUGUGUCGCUCAGGCUUCCAGGGGCCCCGCUGUGAGGAGGUGGCCCCAGAGCAGGUGUACAUCCGCGACAGAGGUGCCCUGAGGCGUGUUCAACCCGGGAUCAACCCUUUCCAGAGAGACCAACCACGGAGACGGCCCUCAGAAAGGCAAGCCAUCGAUACCACCCCACGACCUGCCACUACCAGACAGCCUGCUCACACUGUGACCCAAGUGAGACGGGGACCCCCUGACUCCUCCCCUCAGCAGACUGGGACCUCCCGCACUGUGAAACGUUAUCCAUCAUCCUCUGGGCCUAUCAUCUCCAAUGCUCUGCCCAAUGGCAAUGGCUAUGCUAAUGGCCACGGACCUGAGCACAGGAACUGGCAUGGACACAGAAAUGGGCAUAGCAACGUGCACUCCUUUAACACUCACAGGCCAGCCAGUGACAGCCAGCUAAAUGCACAGUUCAACAAUGCAUUAUCACCAGCAGGGGCCAACCUCACUGCCAACCUGGACCGGAUUAAGAUCGUCUUCACUCCCAUGAAGUGCCGUCGGGUGUGCACUGGCGGCCGCUGCUACAACAGCUGUGAGAAAGGAGACAUCACCACGGUCUACAGCGAGCAACAGCAGCAACAGCAGCAGCAGCAGCCACAGAACCAGGGCUUCCGACUCUUCUUCUGUCAGAUCCCCUGUCUUAAUGGAGGACGAUGCAUUGGCAGGGAUGUGUGCUGGUGUCCAUCAAAUUCAACAGGGAAGUUUUGCCACCUGCCAGCCCCGCCUCCUGCCAGACUACCAUCUCACGGGCACAAGGAUAUCAGUCACUCAGGACCAAAAUCUCCAUCCCAGUCCAUGUACACUCUACCACUGUCCAAUCAACAAGCGUCUCUCCAUCCAUCCUUGGUGAACGUCCACAUUCAGCACCCUCCAGAGGCUGAGGUCCAGGUCCAUCAAGUAGCCCGGGUCCAGCCUGGGCAGAGAUCGACCACAACAGAAGGGGCUCACUCUGUCCAGCAGCGCUCCCAACCUGGGAAUGGACAUGAACCCACCAAUGAUCAUAGUAGCAGACACAUACACAUCAAUGGCAAUGGCCAUGGCCAUGCCCGACCACACAACCGUCAGAAUGGACAUGUGGGAAGAUGCUUUCAGGAAACAGUCGACGGACAGUGUGGCAAGCCUCUGCCAGGCCUAACCAAACAGGAUGAUUGCUGUGGAAGUGUGGGCGCCUCCUGGGGUCUUAACAAGUGCCAAAAGUGUCCAACCAAACCAGCCUACGCAGUGAUUGCAAAUGGCCAAGUGGAAUGUUCCAAAGGUUACAAAAGGAUGAAUCUGACACACUGUCAAGACAUCAACGAAUGUCUGUUGCCUGGGCUCUGUAAGAAUGCUGAAUGUCUCAACACUAAAGGAAGCUACAGGUGCACGUGUAAACCAGGCUACAUGUUAGACCCUGCCAGGAGCCACUGUGUCUCGGACAAAGCGGUGUCAGACCAGAGGGCGUUUUGCUACAGAUCACUGUCAACAGGCACAUGCUCUCUGCCACUUUCUCAGCAUAUCACCAAGCAGAUCUGCUGCUGUAGCCGAGUGGGCAAAGCCUGGGGUGCUGGGUGUGAUCGUUGCCCUUUGCCAGGAUCAGACCAUUUCAAGGAGAUCUGUCCAGCUGGUCAUGGAUAUACCUACUCGCGCUCUGAUGUGCAGAUUUCUCUCAGACAGCUGGAACAUGGUGAUCUACAGAGCACAGGAGUGUUUCGGGAGGAACAGAGCCCCACCUAUCCUCAGCCUCCAUCCUCCCAGCCCUCACUGCAACUGCCCAGCAGGCCACAGUAUCCAAGCUACCCACAAACUCCACAAGUACCUCAAUACCCUGAGUAUCCAGAGACCCCUCAAGAACCCCAGUACCCUCUCGCUCCACAGCAGCCCCAUCAUACCGUCCAAACAGCCGAAGAGACACCUAGACAACCAGAAGAUGUGGAAAUUCUGAGUCCGCCAGCUGUUGUGACUGACUCACCAUUGAAAUAUCCAGAAACCUCUCCAGACUCCACCAGCAACAACCUGAGGCCAGAUUCAAGGGAAACAACCAACACAGAUGCAGCUACAGCCACAGGCACAGGUGUUGACAAGUGUGCAAUUACCCCCACCAUAUGCGGCCAUGGGAAAUGUAUUCCUGUGCAAACCGGCUACACCUGCCACUGCGAACCUGGAUUCAAGCUCAGUGCACUACAGACCAACUGCAUUGAUGUGAAUGAGUGUCAGGAUGACCCAUGUGAAGGGAAGGGCAGCUGUAUUAACAGCUAUGGCUCCUAUACCUGUCAAUGCCACAGCGGCUACAGCCAGGUGAUCACUCAGAACAGGAAGUUCUGUCAAGACAUUAAUGAGUGCAGCAUGGCCAACAAGUGCCAGAAUGGCGAAUGCAUCAACACAGAAGGAUCUUACACCUGUGAAUGCAACAGUGGCUACGCCAAGUCUUGGAGAGGCCAGUGCGAAGAUGUAGAUGAGUGCAGCGAUCCUAGUUCCUGUCCCGACGGUGUCUGCAUCAACACUAUUGGCUCCUUCCAGUGCCAGGCCUGCAGCCCAGGGUUCAGGCCAGUCAGUGAAAGAUGCGUGGAUGUAAAUGAGUGCUUGAACCAAACCGUGUGCGGUCGUGGUAGGUGUGUCAACACUGAGGGCUCCUAUAGGUGCAACUGUUUCCAAGGAUACAAACUCACACUGGACAACACAUGCCAAGAUGUGGAUGAGUGCGUGCUCCCUGGAGUCUGCCUCCAUGGACGCUGUGUCAAUCUGGACGGCACCCACAAAUGCACCUGUAACCAUGGUUACCAAGUCACCUCAGACAGUAAAGCCUGCGAAGAUGUCAACGAGUGCGCAACUGGUAAUGUGUGCCCCGCGGGAAUUUGCAUCAACACAGCAGGAUCCUACACUUGCCAGAACUGCAGGCCUGGGUUUGGACCAUCUGUUGAUGGACUGAGAUGUGAAGAUGUGAAUGAGUGUGCCCAGGAAGACUUGUGUCAAGGUGGGGUGUGUGCCAACACCGAGGGAUCCUACACCUGCACCAGGUGUAAAGCUGGCUACAGAGUGUCUGCAGACUGGAAGAGGUGUGAAGACAUCGAUGAGUGCCAGUCUCUGACGACCUGUGCCAACGGGAUCUGUCUAAACUCUGAAGGCUCUUACACCUGUGAGAAUUGCCCUUCAGGUUACAAAGUAUCAUAUGAUGGAGAGCUCUGUGAAGAUAUUAAUGAGUGUCUGCUGCCCACUACAUGCCGCCAGGGAACAUGUACAAACACAGAGGGUUCCUUCACAUGUAUCGUCUGUCAGCCCGGUUUCAGAGUCUCUGAGGAUGGACAACAGUGUGACGAUGUGGAUGAGUGCUUGGUGGCUAACGUGUGCCUGGGCCAGCUGUGCUUGAACACCCCGGGAUCUUACACCUGCAGGAGCUGCGAAGCUGGCUUCAAACUGUCCGAGGAUGGUCAAGGCUGUGAGGAUAUCAAUGAAUGCCAGACCCCAGGUGCGUGCCCCACAGGCGUUUGCACCAACACAGAGGGCUCCUUCUCCUGUAUGGCUUGUGACCCAGGAUUCACAGCUGCACCCAACGGGCUCUCAUGUGAAGAUGUGAACGAAUGUGAGGACACAAGCCUGUGUCUGGGAGGCCAGUGCACCAACACCAUCGGUUCCUAUAGUUGCGACUGCCCCGCUGGUCUGGAGCUGGUGGAUGGGACGUCCUGCAGAGAUAUCAAUGAGUGUUUAACUGUCAUGGGGAUCUGUGGAGAAGGAGACUGUCUGAACACCGAGGGCUCUUACACAUGCAUCUGUCCUGAUGGAUAUACCACCAUCGAAGGGAGGACUGGAUGCCAAGAUGAGGAUGAGUGCAGCAAAGACAACGUGUGCAUCCGGGGCCAGUGUCUCAACACUGAUGGCUCUUUCUUGUGCUUGUGUGAAGCCGGCUUCAAGUUCAAUGCUGACGCGGCUGACUGUGAAGACCAGAAUGAGUGCAAGGAGUUUGGAAGCUCAGUGUGUGGUACCUGGCGCUGUGAGAACACCAUCGGCUCCUACCGAUGUUUCAAAGACUGCCAGCCUGGUCACGAGGGAGAAGACACCACAGACUGUGAUAUUGAUGAAUGCGUCAAUGAAACCAUCUGUGGGAACCACGGCUUUUGCGAGAACACAGAUGGCUCCUUCCGUUGCCAGUGUGACCAAGGCUACACCAACCCACCCGGAGACAUUAGCAGAUGUGUUGACGUGAACGAGUGCGAGAUGAGCUUGGCGCUGUGCGGUGAGGCCCUGUGUGAGAACUUCGAUGGCAGCUUCCUGUGCAUCUGCCCCAACGACAAUGAGGAAUUUGAUCCCAUCACCAGCCAGUGCCGCUCCCUGGCUGAUACUGACCCACAGCCUGAUGUUCCAGUUCCUCCUUCAGCUCCUUCAGCUGAGGAGAGGAAGGAGUGUUACUAUAACUUGAAUGAUGCCAACUUCUGUGAUAACGUCUUGUCACGCAACACUACAAAGCAGGAGUGCUGCUGUACAGUGGGGGCAGGCUGGGGGGACAACUGUGAGAUCCAUGCCUGUCCUGUCCCAGGAAGAGAUGAUUAUAACCAGUUGUGCCCUCAUGGCAGUGGAUUGUUACCCCAGCCUCGUUCCUCUACACUUGGAGAACAGCGGCCUUACAUAGAUGCAAAUGAGUGUGAAAUGUUUGGAUCAGACAUUUGUAAGAACGGACAGUGUUCAAAUCUCUUCUCUACAUAUACCUGCUACUGUCGCUCCGGCUUCUAUUAUGACAACAUCCGGCUUGAGUGUGUUGAUUAUGAUGAGUGUGAAUUUGGAAAUCCCUGUGUGGAUGGAGCGUGUGUGAACACUGCUGGGUCUUUCAACUGUUUCUGCAGUCCUCCACUAGUCCUGGACAGCACACGGCGGCGCUGCAUCGGCCUCAAUACAACAGAAGAAACUCUUGAGCCUAAUCACGACGUGCACAUGGAAAUCUGCUGGCAGCGUCUGGAGGGGGACAACAUGUGUGCAGAACCCCUCCAGGGCCGCAGGACUACAUACACUGAGUGCUGCUGCCUGUAUGGCAUAGCCUGGAGUGAACAGUGUGCCUUCUGUCCCAGGAGAAACUCUGAGGACUACGCAGUAAUGUGCAACCUGCCUCGGAGAGGAGGUUCAGACAGUUUGCGAGAGCAGCCAGGAUAUGAGUAUGGUAUUGAGGGGCCAGAGGAUCCUGCGGAGCCUUUCAAUCCUCCAUACUGGGACAACUAUGGCAGCCCUGCAGGACCCUAUGACAUUCCUGAGAGUGUUCCCCUGUUCAACGAUAAUGAUUACAGCCCUCGACAGCCAUCUGGCCGUGUCCCCAUCCAUCGACCACGGGAGCCCCAGCCACAACCAGUGGAUUCCUUCUCCGAGCGCUAUGAAGGCUUUGAGGGUCUCCGUGCCGAGGAAUGUGGAAUCCUGAAUGGCUGUGAAAACGGCCGCUGUGUUCGUGUGCGGGAGGGCUACACCUGCGACUGCUUUGAUGGUUAUGAGCUCAACUUAAACAAGAUGGCCUGCAUAGACAUAAACGAGUGUGAGGACAUCAGUGACAAGGUGCCCUUGUGUGAGAAUGGGCAAUGCACCAACACAGAAGGGUCCUACAAGUGCACCUGUUUGCCGGGCUUCGUGGCCUCUGCCAAGCCGCACAAAUGCAUCCCAACGAUCCCAGAGUCUGGGCUUCAAGAGACAGGAAACUGAGACAGUGACUGUUGAGCGCUGGCUUCAUCCUGUUCCUUCAAAGAUCACCGUACACCCCUCUGCCCUUAAUCCCAAGGGCCUGGCACUAAACCCCCAACAGUAACACUGAAACGUCCAAAUUCGUUUCCUUACAUAACACAGACAGACACACAGAUAUACAACAGAGCACACACUUCCAUUCAGCAAAGAACACAGUUAUGUCCCCUCCUACAUUUACAAGAGGACCAGGAAUUGUGCAGUGAAUGAAUUACAUGGGAUUUAGCAUUUCACCAGAUAUCCAUUUGCCUUAAAGGGAUUUUGUGGACUGAUCUAUUUUAUUCAGUAACCCCAGGCAAUUUGAUAUGCAGAUAUAUUUUCCACUCUAUUUUCUCUGUCAC